CCCACCAUGUCCUAUGCCCCCUUCCGAGAUGUGCGAGGAGCCCCCCUGCACCGCGCCCAGUACAUGCACUCCCCCUACGACCGGCCCUGGAACCCCCGCUUCUGCAUCAUCUCCGGCAACCAGCUGCUGAUGCUGGACGAGGAAGAGAUUCACCCCCUGCUUCUCCGAGAGCGCCAGAGGGACCCCGCUCGCACCAAGCUGUUACGCCGCACCGUCAGCGUCCCCGUGGAGGGGAGACCCCAGCCGGAGCACGAUUAUCACGCGGCCCGUUCCCGGCGGAAGAGUGUUCCUGGAGGGAAACAGUACAGCAUCAACAUGGACGCCCCGCCAGCGCCUCCCUUCCGCCCCUCGCAGCAGGGAUUCCUGAGCCGGCGCUUGAAGAGCUCCAUCAAGCGGACCAAGAGCCAGCCCAAACUGGACCGCACCAGCAGCUUCCGCCAGAUGUUGCCUCGGUUCCGGAGCGCUGACCAUGACAGGGCCCGCCUCAUGCAGAGCUUCAAGGAGUCCCACUCCCACGAGUCCCUGCUCAGCCCCAGCAGCGCUGCAGAGGCCCUGGAGCUCAACCUGGACGAGGACUCCAUCAUCAAGCCUGUCCACAGCAGCAUCCUGGGCCAGGAGUUCUGCUUCGAGGUCACCACCUCCUCCGGCACCAAAUGCUUUGCCUGUCGGUCGGCCGCUGAGCGGGACAAAUGGAUCGAGAACUUGCAGCGCGCCGUGAAGCCGAACAAGGACAACAGCCGGCGAGUGGACAACGUGCUGAAGCUGUGGAUCAUCGAGGCGCGAGACCUGCCCCCCAAGAAGCGCUACUACUGCGAGCUGUGCCUGGACGACAUGCUGUAUGCCCGCACCACCAGCAAGGUGCGCACGGACAACGUCUUCUGGGGGGAACACUUUGAGUUCAACAACCUGCCUGCCGUGCGCACCAUCCGGCUCCACCUCUACAAGGACACCGACAAGAAGCGCAAGAAAGACAAGAGCAACUACGUGGGCAUGGUGAGCAUCCCCAUCGCCAGCGUGACCGGGCGCCACUUUGCCGAGCAGUGGUACCCGCUCAGCCAGCCCAGCGCCAGCAAGAGCAAGUCCGGCUGCCCUGCUGUCCGCGUCAAGAGCCGCUUCCAGACCAUGAGCAUCCUGCCCAUGGAGCUCUACAAGGAGUUUGCCGAGUACGUCACCAACAACUACCGCAUGCUGUGCGCCGUGCUGGAGCCCGUCCUCAGCGUCAAGAGCAAGGAGGAGGUGGCCUGCGCCCUGGUCCACAUCCUGCAGAGCACCGGCAAGGCGAAGGACUUCCUGUCAGACAUGGCCAUGACGGAGGUGGACCGCUUCAUGGACCGGGAGCACCUGAUCUUCCGGGAGAACACGCUGGCCACAAAAGCCAUAGAGGAGUAUCUCAAACUGAUUGGACAAAAAUACCUCAAGGACGCCAUUGGCGAGUUCAUCCGGGCAUUAUACGAGUCAGAGGAGAACUGCGAGGUAGACCCCAUGAAGUGCUCGGCGUCCACCCUGGCCGACCAUCAGGCGAACCUGCGCAUGUGCUGUGAGCUGGCCCUCUGCAAAGUGGUCAACUCCCACUGCGUGUUCCCGCGGGAGCUGAAGGAGGUCUUUGCAUCCUGGAGGCUGCGCUGUGCCGAACGGGGCAGGGAGGACAUUGCCGACCGCCUGAUCAGUGCCUCGCUCUUCCUGCGCUUCCUGUGCCCAGCCGUCAUGUCCCCCAGCCUCUUCGGCCUCAUGCAGGAGUACCCCGAUGAGCAGACCUCCCGCACCCUCACCCUCAUCGCCAAGGUCAUCCAGAACCUGGCCAACUUCUCCAAGUUCGGCAGCAAGGAGGAGUACAUGGCCUUCAUGAACGAGUUCUUGGAGCUGGAGUGGGCCAGCAUGCAGCAGUUCCUCUACGAGAUCUCCAACCUGGACACGCUCACCAACAGCACCAGCUUCGAGGGCUACAUCGACCUGGGCCGGGAGCUCUCCGCCCUGCACGCCCUGCUCUGGGAGGUCAUGCCCCAGCUCAGCAAGGAGGCCCUGAUCAAGCUGGGGCCUUUGCCCCGCCUGCUCAACGACAUCAGCCUGGCCCUCAGGAACCCCCACAUCCAGCGGCAGCCCAGCCACCAGGGAGAGCGCCUGCAACCAAAGCCCGUCAUCCUCCGCGGACCCUCCGCUGACAUGCAGUCCUCCUACAUGAUGCGGGACCUCAACAGCUCCAUGGACAUGCAGCCCUACCUGAUACGAGGCAUGAACAGCUCCAUGGACAUGACCCGUUUGCCUUCGCCCACCAAGGAGAAGGGCUCGAAGGACAUGUUCUUUGUGGCCCGGCCUCCCCUGGCCCGCUCCUCCCCGGCCUACUGCACCAGCAGCUCGGACAUCACGGAGCCGGACCAGAAGGUGCUGAGCGUCAACAAGAGCGUCUCCAUGCUGGACCUGCAAGACAGCCGCAUGAACAGCAUCUCCAACCUGCACAGCGUGGGCGACAUGCUCAACAGCAGCCAGGCCUCCAUCACAGCCGGCCUGGGCCUGCGCCCCAGCCGCCUCUCCCAGGGCAGCGGCUCCAGCAUCGCCGCUGGCCUGCGCCUCAGCCAGAUGGGCGUCACCACGGAGGGGACCUCCUCUGCCCAGCAGCUCAGGAUCCCCCUCUCCUUCCAGAACCCGCUCUUCCACAUGGCCUCCGACGGGCCCGCCCACCCGCACCGCUCCCCGGAGGGCAACCCCGACGCCUUCGCCCCCUUCCACGGCUACAGCAAGAGCGAGGACCUCUCCUCCAGCAAGCACAUCAUCCACAGCCACAGCUACAGCGACGAGUUCACCCGCCAGGGCUCCGAGUUCACCAAGCGCCAGCUCUCCCUGCAGGAGAACCUCCAGAACAUGCUCUCGCCCCCCCAGAUCACCAUCGGGCCCCAGCAGCGCCAGCCCCAGCCCCAGCCCUCCGUCCCGCGGGGCAAGGCCCAGCAACAGCAGCAGCAGCAGCUCACCGUCUCCGCCGCCCAGAAGCCCCGCCCCUCCAGCGGCAACCUCCUCCAGCCCGAGCCCCCCUACGGCCCCGCCCGCACCCGCCAGCAGUCCGUCGCCAAGGAGGCCCCAUCUGCCCUCAAGCCCUCCAUCACCAAGCAGCCCUCGCACACACCCUCCACGCUGAACCCCGUCAUGCCAGCUUCCGAGCGGACAGUGGCCUGGGUCUCCAACAUGCCUCACCUCUCGGCCGACAUCGAGAGCUCCCACAUAGAGCGGGAGGAGUACAAGCUGAAGGAGUACUCCAAGUCCAUGGACGAGAGUCGGCUGGACCGGGUGAAGGAGUACGAAGAGGAGAUCCACUCCCUGAAGGAGCGCCUCCACAUGUCCAACCGGAAGCUGGAGGAAUACGAGCGCCGGCUGCUCACGCAAGAGGAGCAGACGAGCAAGAUCCUGCAGCAAUACCAGCAGCGGCUGGAGCAAAGCGAGAAGCGGCUCCGGCAGCAGCAGGUGGAGAAGGACUCCCAGAUCAAGAGCAUCAUCGGCAGCCUGUCCCUGCAGGUUGAUGCUGGUGGAGGAGGAGCUGCGCAGGGAUCACUCGGCCGCCCUCGACGCCUCCGAAACGCGGAAACGGCUGCUCGACGCUCAGCUGUUCAUCAGGUAACUCUGUAUGAGUCUGCUUUUGUCACAUGGAGGGAUCGGGGGCACCCUCGCCGUUCGGUAGCAGACCAGGAGAGGCAGCUUUCCGCCGUGGGUGCAGCAAACCCGCGUCUGAGCGUCGCUAUGGGUCAGCCCUGGAACGGGAUCCUCCCCGGGCAACCGCCUCCGCCCCCGCGACUCCAGAUCACGGAAAAUGGAGAGUUUCGCAACACCGCGUCUGAGCACUAGCAACCGCCCCCCGCCUCACCCCGCCCCCCCAGCCAGAGGGCGCCAUGGGGUGCGGUGGGGUGGGGGGCCGGCCGGGCAGGAGCCGCACG